UCAAGUUUGAGGUUUAGACCCAACUUUAUUUUUUUCCAGUUGGGAUAUCCACUUACUGCAACCUAUUCAUUGUAUAAACAUAGAUUUUCUUUAAUUUCAGAGAAAAUCAGGAUAAUGUCAUUUUAUUGAGUUCCAGCUAAAAGUCUCCUUUGUUUUACUUAGAUGUCUAAUAGUCAUAAAGAAGAAAAAGAUCUGUUGCCUAAAACCCACAUGUGGCAGGAUGAAAUUGCCAUGCUAAGACUGGAAAUAGACACAAUAAACAGUAAGAACCAGGAAAUGGAAAAAUCUAAGACCAUAAAACUGAAGGAGGAAACAUUAACAAAAACAAUAUUAGAAUAUAGUGGACAGAUUAAUGCUCUGACCACUGAGAAUACAAUGCUAAAGUCUAAACUGGAGAAUGAAAAGCAAAACAAAGAAAGACUGGACACACAGGUUGAAUCAUAUCGAGCUAGACUAGCUACUGCUCUAGAGGAUUAUGAUCAAAGUCAGGCAUCAAAAAGAGACCUAGACCUUGCUUUCCAGAGAGCAAAAGAUGAAUGGUUUCGUCUGCAGGACAAACUGAAUUUUGAUGUGUCUAACCUAAAAGAAAAUAAUGAGCUUCUUUCUCAAAACCUUUCUAAAGCUGAAAGUAAAUUCAAUACUUUAGAAAUUGAGCUCCAUCACACAAGAGAUGCUCUCAGGCAAAAGACUUUGGUUUUAGAAUGUGUAUUGAGAGACCUAAGUCAAACACAGUGUCAGAAAAAGGAAAGGGAACACAUGUAUCAAAAUGAACACGAUCAAGUGAAUAAAUACAUUGGAAAGCAGGAAUCCUUAGUGGAGAGAUUAUCUCAAUUACAAAGUGAAAAUAUGUUGCUUCAACAGCAACUAGAUGAUGCUCACAUCAAAGCUGCCAGUAAAGAAAAUGUAGUAAUUAAUAUCCAAGACCAAUUUCAGGAUAUCGUAAAAAAUCUUCAAGCUGAAAGUGAAAAACAAGGUCUUUUGCUGGAAGCAAGCAAUAGAGAGUUAAUCAAGGAAUGCAAUCUUUUAAAAGAAAGAAUGUAUCAGUAUGAAAAGGAGAAAGUAGAAAGAGAAGUAGCUGUGAGAUACCUUCAACUAGAACUGGCUGAUGCCCUAAAAAAACAGUCUAUGUCAGAGGCUUCGCUGGAGGUUCCAUCCCGUUGCCGUAUUAAUUUAGAAGAUGAGACACAGGAUUUGAGGAAGAAAUUAGGUCAAAUCAGAAGUCAGGUAUGUAUUAAAUGUAGCAUGUCAACAGUUAAUCUGUAG